GUAAAGGGACAUCAGGGCUAGCAGGAGUCAUUUAUAGAGCCAGGCUGGGCUAGAAAAGAGAGAAAGAAAGAGGAGGGGAAGGGAGAUCAAACAAACCCUGCGAGGAGCAGGAUGUCCCAGCAAGACAAAGGCAGGCUGUGAGCAUCAUGUACGUGAGCUAUCUGUUGGAUAAAGACACCAGCAUGUAUCCGGGAUCUGCAAGGUGCACCAGCAACACCCUGCCCGUGCAGAACUUCGUGUCUGCUCCAGCCUACUCCGAGUACAUGGGAUACCACCCUGUGCCAGCCCUGGACAGCCACGGGCAGCCGGCCUGGGGCUCCCACUACGGCCCCCAGCGCGAGGACUGGAGCGCCUACGGCCCAGGCCCUUCCAGCGCCGGGCCCGCUGCCCACAUCAAUGGCUCGUCCCCUGGCCAGGGCUCCUACAGCUCUGCUGAUUACAGCUCCCUGCACCCCGCUGCUGCUGCGGCCUUACCUCCUGUAGAUACCAUUAAUGCCCAGCAAAUCUCUCCCAACAGCCAAAGGCACAGCUCUUAUGAGUGGAUGAGGAAAACGGUGCAAUCCACUUCCACAGGUAAAACAAGAACGAGAGAGAAGUACCGAGUGGUUUACACAGAUCAUCAGAGAUUAGAAUUAGAGAAGGAGUUUCAUUACAACAGAUACAUUACAAUCAGGAGGAAGUCUGAACUUGCUGCAAACCUAAGACUUUCCGAGAGACAGGUGAAAAUCUGGUUCCAGAAUCGCCGAGCCAAAGAGAGAAAAUUAAUGAAGAAGAAAAUGACUCACUUUGACGGCAGCAGCAGCCUGGGCUCUCUGCAGAGUGACUCCGGCUCGGUGAGCCCGAUGCCGGGCCCCGAGGCACAGACCCACUCGGACCUGCCCGGCUCCCUGUUCCCCGCGCCGCCGCCGCCCGCCGCUCUGGCCAUGGGCGGCUUGCAGCACGGAGGGACCCUGCCGCAGGUGGUGGCCUCGCAGUGA